AUGCCCGUCGUGGCGCCUGAGAAGCUGGUGUCGCUGCAGCAGGCGGCUGAAGGCAUCAGAAACAUAUGCAUCCUCGCCCACGUCGACCAUGGCAAGACCUCGCUCACCGACGCGCUCAUCGCCACCAAUGGCAUCAUAUCUCCCAAGCUCGCGGGCAAGAUACGAUACUUAGACUCAAGACCGGAUGAGCAAUUGCGAGGCAUCACUAUGGAGUCUUCUGCCAUUUCGCUAUACUUCUCCCUUCUACGCCGAUCUGCACCCGACGCAAAACCCGAACAUAAGGAGUUCCUGAUAAAUCUCAUAGAUUCGCCCGGACACAUUGACUUUAGUUACGAAGUCUCGACCGCCUCGCGCCUGUGCGACGGCGCUGUCGUCCUUGUAGAUGCCGUGGAAGGCGUGUGUAGCCAGACUGUCACUGUGCUGCGACAGACGUGGAUUGAGAAAUUGAAACCUUUGCUCGUCAUUAACAAGAUGGACAGGCUAAUCACAGAAUUGAAAAUGAGUCCAGGGGAAGCCUAUACUCACCUGAGUAAGCUGUUGGAGCAGGUAAAUGCCGUCAUGGGCAGCUUCUACCAAGGAGAACGUAUGGAGGACGACCUCCGUUGGCGGGAGAAGAUGGAAGAGCGACUCGAAGCCGCGGCCGCUGAGAAAGAGAGCUCAAACUCUUCUAUCCUCGACAAUGGUGACAGCAUAGACACAACUAAUACUCCAGCCGAGUACGAGGAGAAGGACGACGAAGACAUCUACUUCGCUCCUGAAAACAACAACGUCAUCUUCAGUAGUGCCAUUGACGGUUGGGCAUUUACCGUCAGACAGUUUGCGAGCCUGUACGAGCGCAAGCUCGGCAUCAAGCGCUCUGUAUUAGAGAAGGUCCUAUGGGGCGACUUCUACCUAGAUCCCAAGUCGAAACGCAUACUGGGCUACAAACAUCUCAAAGGCCGGCAUCUCAAGCCAAUGUUCGUUCAGCUAGUACUCGACAACAUAUGGGCUGUGUAUGAAGCCACUACGGGAGGUAACAAUGGGAAGGGAGAUCCCGCAAUGGUAGAGAAGAUCACCAAGUCACUCAACCUGACCAUCCCAGCGCAUGUUUUGCGAUCCCGAGAUCCACGAGCACUUCUGACUACUCUUUUCGCAGCUUGGCUUCCUCUGUCCACAGCAUUGCUUGUCUCCGUAACAGAACAUCUGCCGUCGCCUCCCAAAGCUCAAGCGGAACGGAUACCUGAGAUUGUUGACAACUCUCCCGGUGCCGAUUAUGUUGCGCCGGAAGUCAGAGACGCCAUGGUUGAAUUCAAAACCAAGGACGCGCCAGUGGUAGCUUAUGUGAGCAAGAUGGUCUCAAUACCAGAGAGCGAGCUGCCGGAGAAUAAGCGAAGAGGAGGAGCGCUCAGUGCUGAGGAAGCUCGAGAACUUGGUCGCAAGAAGCGCGCAGAGAUUGCCCGACAGCAAGCAUUGGCGAGUGGUGGUGCCAACGAUGUUGAAAGUGUGACCGAAGCACUCAGCGGAGCUGCGAUUGGGGAGUCGGAAACGCCAGAAGAGAACGAGGAAACUGAAGAAGAGGCAGAGCAUUUGAUCGGUUUCGCCCGCAUCUACUCGGGCACGCUGAGCGUUGGUGACGAGGUCUACGUUCUGGGACCAAAAUUCACACCAGCAAGACCGCAUACUGCACCUGAGCCACAGAAAGUCAAGGUUACCGCACUCUACUUGAUGAUGGGACGUGGCCUAGAAUCGCUGACCACGGUCCCAGCUGGUGUCGUCUUCGGCAUCGGUGGUCUUGCUGGGCACGUUCUCAAAUCAGGGACGCUGUGCUCGCAGCUUCCUGGUUCAGUCAAUCUAGCCGGUAUCAACAUGGGUACGCACCCUAUCGUGCGAGUUGCCCUGGAGCCGGAGAAUCCAUACGAUUUGGACAAGAUGAUCAAUGGCCUGAAACUGCUCGUUCAAAGCGAUCCAUGUGCCGAAUACGAAGUGCUACCGAGUGGUGAGCAUGUCAUUCUCACGGCUGGCGAGUUGCAUCUCGAAAGGUGUCUGAAGGAUCUCAAAGAGCGCUUCGCAAAAUGCGAGAUCCAGGCUGGUGCUCCUAUUGUGCCUUACCGCGAGUCAAUCGUUGCUGCCGCAGAGAUGAACCCGCCAAAGGAUCCGAAUCUCCCACGUGGAACUGUCAUCGGUGUGACGGUGAGCAAACAGGUCACUGUUCGCCUGCGCGUCCGUCCACUGCCAGCAAACGUAACAGAAUUCCUUGGUAAGAAUGCUGGAGCGAUCAAGAGGCUCUUUAGCGAUCAAAGGGAUGAAGAGGAGCGGCAGCGAAUCGCUCAUGAUACGCCUGCCGAGGGUCCGGUCGUGGAGCAAGAUGGCAUGCAGGAAGCCGAACAGCUGGAGACGGGCCAUACCUUGACUUUCGACGAGUUCAAAAAGCAGCUGCAGGACGCUUUUGACGACGAAGACAACAAAGCUCAACGAGAAGUGUGGACGAAUGUCAUCGAGACGAUCGCGGCCUUCGGACCGAGGAGGAUAGGGCCCAACAUCCUCGUAGAUGCGACUAAAGAGGGCAUCUGUACCAAACCCCUUCGCGACUCUUCCUCGCCCGACCCAAAACACUCAGAGCAAUCCACAUCCACCAUAACCGCGCAAUCCCUCACCGACAAAAUCACCUACGCCUUCCAGCUCGCCACCGCCCAAGGACCACUCUGUGCCGAGCCCGUCCAAGGCAUCGCCGUCUUCCUCGAAGAAGUCACCCUCUCCCUCCCCGAAGAAUCAGAAAACAGCUCCGAGCGCAUGGGCCGCCUAACGGGCGAAAUCAUCAAAACAGUGCGCUCUUCCAUCCACGCCGGCUUCCUCGACUGGUCCCCCCGCAUGCUCCUCGCAAUGUACACGUGCGAAAUCCAAGCCUCGACCGACGUCCUCGGCCGCGUCUACGCCGUUCUCACUCGGCGCCACGGACAGAUUCUCUCGGAAACCUUGUCAUCUACGUCCUCGGCGUCUACAACGGGCAACCAGACGUUCACCAUCAGCGCGCUCCUCCCCGUGGCUGAGUCCUUCGGCUUCAGUGACGAGAUCCGGAAGCGUUCUUCAGGCAGCGCGUCGCCGCAAUUGCGCUUUGCGGGCUUUGAGAUGCUGGACGAGGACCCGUUUUGGGUGCCGUUUACGGAGGAUGAGCUCGAGGAUUUGGGGGAGCUGGCUGAUAAGGAGAAUGUGGCGAAGAGGUAUAUGGAGAGGGUUAGGAGGAGGAAGGGGAUGGUGGUUCAGGAGGUGUUGGUCAAGGAUGCGGAGAAGCAGAAGAAUUUGAAGAGGUAG